AUGGAGUCAAGCAAAGAAUUAUUCGAAUUGGCUGUUUCCGAGCAUGGAUUAAAUAAAGUGAUUAUCACAGAAUGCAAAAACAAGAAAAGGAUUGGAAGAGGUGGAUUUGGAACCGUGUUUAAAUGUGAUAUUGGCGUAAGUUUUGGAAUGGUAGCAAUAAAGGAAAUGCCCGUAUGUGACGAAGACGAUAGGAACACAAUCAAGGUUUUUCUCAAUGAG